UUGAUUUUUGUCAAUCGAGUCAGAUCUGGAAAGCGGACAACACCAUCGUAUAGAGAGAAAAAGGAUUGGAAGAGUGAUUUUUUACCAUCCAUCACUCAAAUAAAAUAAUAACAACAGUAGUUGAGUCCCUCAAUAAUAACAGCUAUAAAAACAUUAUUAAACAAUCAACGCUAAAACAAGGAAUUCAAGUUGAAAAUCCGAUUGUGAAAAAUGGCAGACUCAGAGAAAAUACCUACUGAACAACAGCAACCAUUGCAAGACGAUUCGCAGGUCGACGAAUCUGGGAAUCAGCCUCAACCAAAGCCGGUUGCGCCACCAAAACAAAUUAUUGCCACCAAAGUAACUGGAACUGUUAAGUGGUUCAAUGUAAAGAGUGGCUACGGUUUUAUUAACCGCAACGAUACUAAGGAAGAUGUAUUCGUUCAUCAAAGUGCUAUCGCUAAGAACAACCCCAAGAAGGCUGUAAGAUCCGUAGGCGAUGGUGAGCUGGUUGAGUUUGAUGUAGUGAUUGGAGAGAAGGGAAACGAAGCUGCAAAUGUGACUGGUCCAUUUGGUGAGCCAGUGCGUGGAAGCCAAUUUGCGGCCGAUAAGAAACGUUCAUACCAUCGUAAUUAUCGUAGCCAUCGUAACCCCCAACAGCGUCGUAAUACAAACAACGCUGAAACCGGAGACGAAGGUGAAGUUACUGAUGGUGGUGCACAACAGCAGCAGCAACGUCCACAAAGGAAUUAUCGUCGCGGCGGAGGCCGUGGUCGUGGAGGACGUGGCUACAAUAACUACUUCAAUGGGUCAAGACGCCAACAAAGACGCUCCGUGAAUAACCAGAGCGGCGAUGGCGGACUCAGUGGCGGAGAGGGUGCAAACGAAAAUGGUGAAUCCAAUGGUCAUCGAGGAGAUGGUCAGGGUGGCCAACAACGCCGUGGUGGAGCACCAAGACGUUUCUUCAGACGUAAGUUCAACUCUGGCAACCGUGGACCACCAGGAGGUGGACGUCGUCCCCGUAGCGCUGAUGGUGGUAAUGAAGAUUACAACCAAGGCGGUCAAGGAGAUGCCCCGCGUAAUCCUCGCACUCGACGCAACCCCAGGAAGCAGAACAACGGUGGGGGUAAUUCAAAUGGAGGUGAACAACAACCUCAACAGCAGCAGGACGCUGGUCAGCAAGUGCAAAACACCACAACUGAAAGUUCUGCAUAAAUUCAAAUUUAAUACAAAUAUGCAUUACAAGAAUUGAAGUUAUAUUUAGACAAAGUAGUACCCAGCAUCGUGUGUAUUUUGUUUUUUUUUAGAAAUUGAAGCACCUGAUGGACUUUUUUUAAUAUUUUUUGUUUUAUAUAUUUUUUAAAGAAAUCUCUUUAUAUAUUUAUUAUUAUUUUUUUAUUUUUUAAAAAAUAUAAAUCAUACAAAAAUAUAAGAAUUUUUUUUUUAAACAAAAGAUAAAAACAAAAUCCAAUUCAUGUGUAAUGCAUUAUUUGUGUUUUAUUUAAAAAAAAAAGAAAAACAAACAUAUUUUUUUCCUAAAUUUUUUUUCUACCUUGUGAAAAAGUACAGUUUGCCUGAGUUUUACAAAAAUCAAUAAUUUUCGAAUUUGCGUGAAAUUAAAAACAACUACUAAUAAAUAAAAGAAACAAAAAGUUGUAUCCAUUGGUGUUUAGUACUAAACAAAAACAAAAAACAACAAAUUAUUGUAUGUUAAUAUGAGUUUUUUCUUUUAAAUAUGAUUUUAUUUUCUUUGUUUUUAUUAAAUAUUCAAUAUUAAUAAUUUUAUUCUUCUCAUAUAAAAAAGAUAUUUUAUAAAAAAAGAAAUCAAUUGUUUUGUCAACAUUUUUAAGUCAACAUCUUUUUAAAAAACAACAACAAAAAGAAAACUUCAGAAAAGAGUGCAUACUAUGUUUUUAUCAUUAUUUUAUUAUUUUAAUUUUAUUUUUUGGAAAAUCACUAUUAUUGGUUAACACUUUCACCAGAUUCCUUAACCAGGUAACUGAAAUAUAAAUAUAACAUUCAUUUAUGGGAUGUAAUUAACACUCAAUAAUAUCCUUUUUUUAUACACUUGAUGUAGAAAUAAAAUUUGAAUUUAAGUGCAUAAUACCAUGGAAUGGUGAAAUGAAACAAAACAGAAAACAAAAAAACAUGUAAAAUACAAAAAAUUGGAAAAUAAAACAAAAAAAUUGUAAAACAUGAAUAUAA